AGGAUUGAUAAAUAAAAUGCAGUCUGAAAGUGAAGGUGAAAAGAUAAAAGAAGUGGUGCCGACGAACGCGACGCGAUGGAUGUUGAGUGCGACGCGGGCGUUGAACGAAGCCGCCCGGUCGGCGCCGAACAAUGACAGUUGGCAAACAUUCCUUCGAGCCAUGGUCAGUUUCCGCGAAUCUCUGGCCUGUUCAGUGUGCAAGGGACUCGUUUCCGAGCCAAAGUACCCGUACCCGGGGGACGGCGAGCACGAUUGUCAGCACCACGUGUGCGGCAGUUGUUGGGGCAUGAAAAAGAACCUGAGACCGCCGUGUUCGUGGUGUCGGGAUUAUAAUAAUUAUGUCCCGUGUCGGUCACUGGAUUCACACGUAAACGUAUACGAAGGAAUCGUAGUCUACUGCAAAUCUCUGCGACAGUACAAGCAAGUCAAGCAUUAUUCCACAUAUUCCAAAAGGACUCUCAGCACGUUGCCUGCGAGUUUACAGCCUCUCUCGUUCGAGACUUUAGUCGCUGAGGUCCUCGGCCCGUGUCCCGAGGAACCGAUCCCCGAACCCGAGUUGCCAAUCGAACCCCUUGAGGUUCAACAGCAACAACAACAACAACCCGAAGCGGAGCCCGUGGAGGAGGAGAAGUCUGCCGAGUGUCGGAAACCGGAAGACGGUGAUGACGCGAAACGGACGACUCCUAACAUGAUGACCCGGAGAAGCGCUCACCUCAAGGACCCGUUCUCGGCGCCACCGUCGCCGUCGGUUCCUGCAGCGGCGGCUGAGAAGCCGGAAGAUGUGAAGAAUGAAGUGGCGGACUUGGUGAAGGUGGAGGAGAAGACGCACAUCAUGAAGGAGAUUCAUAAUACUUCCACACCGAGAGCGUUGUUGCAGAAGGGCGUCAAGCGGAAGUCUCAGCCGAUAGCGAGGCAGAACUGCAAGUGCCGGAAAGUGAGCACUGGCGGCGGCCUCUCAACUCUGUGUUCCAACAACAAGUGCUCGUGCUACGCUGUGAAGGCGUCGUGCGAGUCUUGUUCUUGUCAGAACUGUGGGAACCCCUACGAAGGAGGCCGUUCAAUUGACGCGGCCCUGUGCCCCAACGGCUAGUGUUUUCCGGCAAUACUCGGGCCCAUUAUGAGAAGUCGUGAUGGAAAAGUGUAAAGAAAGUUCAAAGGAAAAAAAAACGAAAGAAAAAAAGUGGUUUCGUGUCCCCCCCGAACGUCCCCCCAAUCCCCGCCGCCGUCGCCCGUCACCCAGCAUGAGUGAAGAGAGGCGUCAGAUCUUUGGGU